UCCCAUUUCAUAGUUUCAUGCAUACAAACACACAAAUACCUCACCCAAAAAAAAUCCCAAAAUGUUCCUUCGUUCUUCCCAAUUCGUAACACUCACCUCCAAUACUCCCAUGGAACUCUCUCUUUACCCCUAUAAACCGUCUCUCCUCACCCCUUCUUUGUCCUCCAUUACCACUUCAAAAAAGGGAUCGCCCCAUAAAAUUAGGAUUGCAUUCUCAUGUAAUUGCUCAUCAUCUUCGUCAGAAGCUUCUGUCGCUACAGAUGCACCAUUUUUUCAAAUUGAGGGGAGGAGAGCGUUCAUGAAUUGUUUUCUUGCUACAGCUGCUGGUUUUUGUGUCACUGGUGUAGCUGAUGCUGUUAGUACAAGUAGAAGAGCUCUUAAGGGAGCAAAAGUGCCUGAGAGUGAAUACACAAGCCUUCCCAAUGGGCUAAAGUACUACGAUUUGAAGGUUGGAAAUGGAGUUGAAGCUGUGAAGGGAUCUCGGGUUGCAGUACAUUAUGUUGCUAAAUGGAGAAACAUCACUUUUAUGACAAGUAGACAAGGGAUGGGUGUUGGUGGUGGAACGCCUUACGGGUUUGAUGUUGGUGAAUCUGAAAGAGGAAAUGUCCUUAAAGGGUUAGAUUUAGGUGUCCAAGGCAUGCGAGUAGGAGGCCAGCGACUGCUGAUUGUACCCCCGGAACUUGCUUAUGGAAGCAAAGGUGUGCAAGAAAUUCCUCCAAAUGCAACCAUUGAGAUAGAUAUUGAAUUAUUGUCCAUCAAACAAAGUCCAUUUGGGACUCCUGUCAAAAUAGUUGAAGGGUAACAUGAAUAUUCUAUAUUACCUUUUGUUGUACAAAGAGAAGAUCAGACGACAACAAAAGAGAAGAUCAGAGGGUGACACGUGUCAUGAUAAAAAUUGGAAUAUUAUUUAUAUUUAUAUAUCACUUUAUUCGGGACCAUGAAGCUGCUUUUUGUAGGUUCUUGGACUACCAUUACUUUUCUACUACGUGGCAUAUUUUUUGUGAUAUUAGAUCUUGUACAUUGAUGUUUCAUGGAAGGUAUAUAAUUAUAAACCUUAAUGAAAGAACUUUUGUCAAUUCCACAGA